UCGCGCCGCCGGCCGAUGUUGUCGCGGCGGCGGCGCCCACAUCGCGCCCAAGUUUCACGCGGCGCGCACUGUCACUGCACCAUGUCCUCCUCCGACGGCUUGACGGCGUGCUCUCCGGACGGCGACGGGACGACCGCGGCUUGUCCCCGACGACGGUGCAGCGGUUUGACCGGUUGUGCGCUUCUCGCUUCUGAAGCGGCGGCCCACGUGGCCAGGCUGUGCCGGUCCAAUCCACGACUGCUGUCCAUGCUCGUCCAGGAGAAAUGUGGCGAAGAUGCCAACAGCAGUCGCUUCGCGCACGACUUCAAGACGCUGGCCGACGUGCUGGUGCAGCGCGUGGUCGCCAAGCGCAUCGGCCGACAGUUUCCAGAACUCGAAGAGAACGUGUAUGGCGAAGAAAACGAUACGAUACAGAACAAUAAAGGUCAAGACGUCACCAUACAAGUCGGAGAGACGAUAGAAGAGACAUUUCAGUGUUUGUCCAAAGCUCUGGGAGACGACUUGGACUCGGCCAAGAGCUUAGCGGAAGCCGCUCACAAAGAGUUCGGAGCGAAAGACCUUAACGUCGACUGUUAUCCUCCCGAAGAGAAAAACUUCGAUUUGGAGAAAAUCGGAAUAUGGAUCGAUCCUAUUGAUUCGACGAACGAAUAUAUAAACGGCAAUGUCGAUACAAUAAACGAAUACGGAUUCCACUCUAGCGGACUUCAUUGUGUCACAAUCAAUAUUGGUUUAUUCGACAAACUUAGUGGAAAACCUAUUGCCGGCGUCAUCAAUCAACCGUUUUUCGAAUUCAACGCCGUCGAAGGGUGGAGUGGAAGAUGUUACUGGGCGUAUUGCGACGGACAAAAAAGUUUAAGCUCAUUGCCAGAAUUCAUUAGCUGCAAUCAGGAGUUGGUGGUGACAAGCAACAGCGAGACUGACGAGGCCAAGGCGGCGCUACAGCGGUCGGGUUACAUCGUGGCCACGGCGUCCGGGGCCGGUUACAAGAUGCUGUGCGCAGCGUUGGGCGUCGUCAAGUGCUACGCGCUGACCAAGGACUCGACGUACGCGUGGGACACGUGCGCCGCGCACGCAAUGCUAGUGUCCCAGGGGGGCACGGCCUGCCACUGUCGCACGGCCGACGGGCCACUGACGUACCGGCCCAAGACCGAUGGCGGUGGACGGACGCACUGCAACGCGGCCGGUGUAAUCGCUUCGCGCGAUCCGCAAACCGUCGACCGGGUGCACGCGCUCCUUUCAUCGGUGCACCUGCUCUGCAGCAGUUGAUGCGCUUUUGCCGCUGCAGUUGCGCCACUGCAAUCGGCGCGCCCCGCGCGUACGCCGUUGUAUUAAAAAAAACUGUACACGACGAUAGAUUUUUAAUCGUGUAAGUAGGUACGUACAGGGCACUCUCUCAUUUCUGUUUUUUUUUUUAGCGGUUUUAUCAUUUAGGAAAAUCAUCGUAAUGUGGGUCGGCGAUCGUGGAUGCUGUGUGAAAUAUGAAAAAUGCAAUUAUAAGAGCGACAUAAUCACUGAGAUACACACACGACCGACACAACGAUUUUUUUUGUUUUUAUUAUCUUUUCAAGUGCGAGAUGACUGCGGAAUAUUGACUUAUACGUGUAAAAUCCGAAUAGGACUUUUCAGAGUUUUGGCUGGCACAGGUCGUGGUAAAAUAAAUAGGCAGCGUGUAUGAUACUUUAUACUAAAGUAAAUUUUUUUUUUAUUAUUAUUUUAAAUAACCGUAAAAUAUACACGUUACAACUUACAAUAAUUCUCACGAAAUGUCAGAUAAAAGUUUAAUUUUUAGGUUUAGUUGUUUUUAAUAAUUGUUUGACGGAUGAACGCGUGGUAUUCUAUUCCAUAAUUGAAGAAAAACAUUUUAGAGCACAGUCAUGAUAAAAUUGUAUUUCGCAUUAAAAAUAAGUGCCCUAAUUUAUUAUUAUCGCGUGACAUUUCGUUGUAAUACCGAAAGAAUAUCAUAUAUUACCCGUAUUAUACAAGUAUAUUAUAGUGAGUACUAAUAAGUACUGUUAUGUAAUAGACAGUAUACUAUAUAGCCAUAAAUAAUCGUAAUAUUAUUAUUACAUAUUUUAAAGGUACCGUAAUGGUAUUAUGAGUAUAGUUUUAAAAUUGAAUAAAAAAUGGUUUUUAUAAUUAAUACAGGGUAAUGUAAACCAUUUUGAAAACAUUUAGUCAAUUUUCAUCACUCGAUAUUGGUAAGGCUUUUUAAUCGCAAAAAAAUGUAUUCGUUUAAGGGGUUUCUUAAAUCGUUAUUGUGUUAAUUAUCAAAUUUUUUAAAACACCUAAAUGACAGUGAAAUACGUAUUUUUUUAUUUUUCUUAAACUUUCUUAUUUUAGACGUUCAUUGGACGUUACAUCGAGUUAUUUGAGCUACUACUGGUUUAUUGUCAUAUAAUAAUCUAUUAAAACAUCACGAGUAUUAAAUAUCAAUGGAGGAUAAUAGUUGAAUUACUUUCAAGAUUUUUUUCGACAAAAGUACAGUACAUCAUUUCUAUUUAUAAAACUAUAAGAGUUCUUCUCAAAAAAAAAAAAAUGUAUACUCUUUCAUUAAAAAAGUACUUUGGUAGGUAAGUGAAAUAUACAGAACAAAAUUCAAAGAUAUUCAGUCAAUUAUUAUCUUUCAUAAAUAUUUUAUACGUACAGACAUUGGCAGAAACUUACGAGUGGGUCUUGUACCCUUGUCCACUUGAUGUGGGUUGCUUACUGAAAAACAGUGUGCUUACAAUGUUUUAGACUUAUCGUGUCUUAUUCGAUUGAGAAAUCGUUAUGUAUUUGUAUAUAAGUGCACCGUUUAAUGUUCAAACUUCACACAACAAAAUUGUGUACCUACAUAAAAUUUUUUUUUACAUAGUUAUCUGUGAUUGAAAUGUGUUUCUCAAUUGUUAUUUAUAAUCAGUGUUACCAAUAUAUUUAGAUCAGUUGCAGUGUAAUAAAAUAUGAUACUAGUAAAUUA